CACCUCGAGCCAUAUUCCUUAUAAAUCUCCAUCUCCAUAACAGAAAAAAGUAAUAUCAGUAACAAAAGUUUGUUAAGCAAAGCACUCCCCCACACCAAACAGUCAACAAAAAUACAAAGGAAAAAAAAAAAUUAGCAUGGCUUCGCCGACGGCGAUCAUCUACGGCGUUGCCUUCGCCACAUUCGUCUACUUCCUCAUCACCAAGCUCUUCCUCCGCGGCGGCGGGCGGCGGAGCCAGAAGCCUCUACCGCCUGGGCCCACGCCGUGGCCCAUCGUCGGGAACCUUCCCCACUUGGGCCCGAUCCCCCACCACUCCAUCGCGGCCCUGGCCCGUAAGUACGGCCCGCUGAUGCACCUCCGGCUGGGGGUCGUGGACGUGGUGGUGGCCGCCUCCGCCUCCGUCGCCGCCCAGUUCCUCAAGAUCCACGACGCCAACUUCUCCGACCGGCCCCCCAGCUCCGGCGGCAAGUACAUCGCUUAUAAUUAUCAGGACAUGGUGUUUGCACCCUACGGCCCACGGUGGCGGCUGCUCAGAAAAGUGAGCGCCGUCCAUCUCUUCUCCGCCAAGGCCUUGGAUGAUUUUAGAUACGUCCGGCAGGCGGAAGUGGCGGGCCUGACGCGGGCACUAGCGAAUGGAGGCAACGCGCCGGUGCAACUCGGGCAGCUGCUUGGCGUGUGCACAGCAAAUGCGUUGGGCAGGGUGUUGGUGGGGAGGAGAGUGUUCGGAGACAUCACCGGCGGCGUCGACCCCAAGGCAGAUGAGUUCAAGUCAAUGGUGGUGGAGCUGAUGAUUCUAGCCGGCACUUUCAACGUCAGCGAUUUCGUCCCGGCGCUAGAAUGGCUGGACUUGCAGCGGGUCGCAGCUAAGAUGAAGAAUCUCCACCGCCGCCUCGACUCCUUCUUGUCCCAAAUCCUGGAGGAACACGGGAAGACCGCCCACGAUGCCCUAGCUGGAGGACACGUGGACUUCUUGACAUCCCUGUCUUCCUUGAAGCUUGACGACGACGGAGACGGAGAGGGAGGCAAGCUCACGGACACCGAAAUCAAAGCCUUGCUUCUGCAGAACAUGUUCACAGCCGGAACUGACACGUCAUCAAGCACAGUAGAAUGGGCCUUAGCGGAGCUGAUCCGACAUCCUAACAUCCUGGCCCAGCUUCAAAGCGAGCUGGACUCGGUCGUGGGCCGAGCCCGUCUCGUGAGCGAACAAGACCUCCCCAGGCUUCCGUACCUCCAGGCCGUCAUCAAGGAGACCUUCCGUCUCCAUCCCUCGACUCCUCUCUCUCUCCCGCGUUUGGCGGGCCAAAGCUGCGAGAUCAACGGCUACCACGUCCCCAAGGGGGCCACGCUCCUCGUCAAUGUGUGGGCCAUAGCCCGCGACCCGGAGGUAUGGUCCGGCCCGUUGAGGUUCGACCCGGGGAGGUUUUUGCCCGGAGGGGAGAAGCCCGGUGUGGACGUGAAGGGGAGCGACUUCGAGCUGAUCCCGUUCGGGGCGGGUCGGAGGAUAUGCGCGGGUAUGAGUUUGGGGCUCCGGAUGGUUCAGCUGAUGACGGCGGUUCUGGUCCAUGCCUUUGAUUGGGAGUUAGCUGACGGUGUUAUGCCGGAGAAGUUGAACAUGGAUGAGGCUUAUGGGCUCACGCUGCAGCGGGCCGUUCCGCUGAAUGUGCACCCUAAGCCCAGGUUGUCUCCGCGGGUUUACGAAUGUUGAGAAUCGUGGAUGCUUAGCUGGACUGGACCCGGCCCACUAUAUGUCUGCCUAAAUAAUUGACAUCUCUUUUUUUUUUUUAACUGUCUGUCUUUUCUUGUGUCUUGUUGGCGAUAGAAUUGUUUAACUCUUGCUUGCUCCUUUGAAAUCAUAUUUGCCGAAAAUAUGAAGCAUCAUUUGUGCACUUCACUUUAUUAACUUGCUGACUUUCACCAUUUUUACAUAAACAAA